AUGUCGUCACCAGUAAUGGAAGUUGUCAGAGAAACAAAAGAGGUACGAAAGAAUUAACUACAGCAAAUGAGCGAGCUUUUAAAAUUCCUCCCCACCUGCUUCACGUUGAGUAACAAUCACUAGGUAUUAGACGAGGGUCUCAAUAGGGGUGGUACCUUUGACAGCUCACGCCAUUAAUUUUUUCCAAUUUUGACGGUUGACGGUCGAAUUUUAGAGCUUUUGACGUUUGUCGGUUAUUCUGUGGAAAUCUAGUCCAAGAAUUUAAAUAAACAGUUCUGCAUAAAUCAAUAUCAACUGUCGUGUGUUAGAGGUUUGUUUGGCCUUUCACCCUUAAAACGUCGAAGUACCAGAUGUAAGGUCUUGUAAUGUAUGGAGGGAGUGUAUUUGAAAACAUGGGAAGUAGUUUUUCUAGUUUAUAGAUUCUUCAGAUCAGCUGAAAUAGUGAGUUGAAAAACCUUGAAACUUUUUACGGUUAAUAUAUAUCUGCAGUUUUAACAGUUGACAUCAAAAGAAGCGGAGAAGAAAAAUUAGAAAUAUUAAGGAAACAAACAAGCACCUGGGAAAUGAAUCCAUAUAUGCUUUGUAUUUUGAAUUUAGAUACGUUAUCUUUCUUUUCUCAACAGAUGGAACUCACCUGGGCCGAGAGCAUGGAAUGUAAAGUCAUAAUGGCGAAUGUUCGACAAUACGCAGGAGGAGCUUAUUUAAAAGCUGUUACAAAGAAGGGUCAUGAACGGGAAGCAAAGAUAACUGUGGAAUUUACGGGGAACGCUUAUGAGGAAACAACAGGUAAUUUGAAAAUAUGGACACACGAGUAAGACGUCAAGUUAAUGCACGCGCUUCCUUUCUAUGGUUUUUUCGUGCAUAUUCAGUGUUAUUUCAAUCUUCAUGCACCGUUUCAUUUGAUAGUAAAGGAAGGCAGCGUCAAAAUGUCUUUAUUUGGGUCAAAGUUUAUAGUUUUUGUCUUUGGUAACAAAAUUUAAUGAAGUAAAUCACGAUGACAAAAAAGCCAGUAAGUUUAGUAAGGGAUGCGAAACUUAUUGUUCUCGCGACAAUGAAUUUUCCCGCCAAAAAUAUCACUAAAGUAAGAGCUUCCUUUGUUUUGACCAACUUUGUCGACCUUCAUUGUAACAAGAUGACGCAAACGACUAUGUAGAGGAAUGAAAACAUUUUGUCAUACGAAUCUGCUCCACAAUAUCUUAUAAUAAGAAUGCGUCCUUUUCUUAAGGAGGGAUUGGGUAUCCAUUCAGUGCAUGGGAAAAUUUGAUCCAGUUCUAGGCAAUUCAGCAAAGAGUACUGUGCUAGCGGUCACUACGCUAUCUCUCGAUGUUUUUGUAUCAGAAAUCAAACGAGUGAGAUUCAUGACGUGCGUAUUAGUAAGAACCGGCUUUUAUAAUUGAAGCAUAUUAAUUCUAUACUUAUGUAUCAGAUAUAAUCACCAGCCGGUGGCUAAAAUGUACACUGUUGUAUACCCAUGUAUUUCAGAAUUCUAUAUUGGGCAGCAUGACAUGCCAGGAUACAACACCUUCUCGUGCUAUAUAGAGGGCCAACAGUAUUUCCUGUGUGCAGAGAAUAACGAAGUGUUUCUGAUGGUAAGUAAAUGA